AUGGCUGUCCUCAGCAACGACAAAAGAUGGCUUGUGACUCUUGUCGCCUCAAAUAAGGUCGCAGCUCCAGUUUUACAAGAUAUCGUGAAACAAGGAAUGGACAAGCUGUAUGCUACCUUAAACAAUUACCUUAAUGGCUUACCGACACCUUACAGUCUACAAACACUGACCUACGCAGAUGUAUGCCAUCUGGCAGCCACUCCAAGUACUGCUUCUUCGCUUAAAGACCUAAAUUUCGGAAAUAUUAACAACAAUUCUAGUGUUCAUGGAAAUAACAAAAAGACCUACAACUACAAUGUCAACAGCUCAGUUGAUCUUGCGAAGCUUUAUCUCUCAGACUACCUAGCAGUAUUCUCGGCAUUCGACAAAUCUAUGGAUUUGAAUGCCGCUCUUAGACUAUUGGGAUGUAGGAAGUAUCCCGUACAAGUAUUCGUUUCUUCCGACCCUUUGCACGAUAUUCAGCCGUUGGCAGAUGAUGUCAGAGAGAAUGUUAGGAAUCGGGGAAGUCAUUUUAAAGAGAGCGACUGGACCCAAAUCUUCUUUGACCAGUGCUUUGACAAGUUAGAGGCUUUGCUCCAAUAUCUGCCCCUGCUUCCAGACAAAAAGAAGGAGCUUUUGGAUCAACUUUGUGCAUGGAAAACAGAAGGUACUAGAAAUGUCUAAAGUAGUGUAAUGUAACUAUUCAACGAAUACCUUUUUAAUGUAGCAGUUCUCUAGGUCUGAUGUAGACUCAAGACCAAUGUAAAUACGCUGAAAGAGAGCAGAGACGUGGCUUUCCAGGGGUCACAGGGCAUUCUUCCUGGAAAUUUGAAAACAUGUUGUUUGGCUGCACUUUCAGUAUUUUACAUCUAAACAAAGUUUCGGAAACAUAACCGCUUAGGAGCCAAACUCAGCGCAAACUCCAGACCCCGUUCGUGCUCACGACGCUUGACUACUCUCUAUUGACAGAGAUUAAGCUCACUAUAUAAUAUGUGGCAGGGCAUAUUCCUGGCUUCCAUUCAUGGCCCUUUGAAUAUCUAUGUGAUCGUUUAUUAUCUAUUAAUCUCGUCAAAUCAAAUUAGACCGCCUGCGAUUGCCAUGAUGUUUUCAUUCCCUUGGCAACUCACGCGAGUCUCAGCUUCAGGGGUUUUCCCUGUGCCAACCUGGUCGUUGCAAUCAAGUAGCGGAACAACAUGCUCAGAGAAGCCCGCUUCAGUAAUAUGAAGUAGAAAAUUACUUAUUCAUUACUAAAACGCCGUAUCUAUAGUGACAACAUAUCAUUUCCUCUUACCAGUUUCUUAGCUUAAUCUCAUCUCAUCAUCGUCGACGUCAGAGUUGACAUUGUUAUCAUUAUUAUUAUGCUACUGUUAUCAUUAUUACCAUCAUUUAAUGUACAUUCAUCAUUUUUAGGUUUCAAGCGGAUAGUUGACAAUGACGUCAAAGAUCUACUGGAAAAAUUCCAAAACGUCAAACUCGCUUCAAUUAAUGACAAAUUGGACGACAUGCCAACUAGGGAGGAGAACGAAAGAGUGAUAGAAAAGCUGUCUUUCUUUCACACCAGUAUGAUGGAUAGAUUUGAUAGAGUG